AAUGUUAUCCAAAGCAGUUGAAAUGGUCUUCAAACAGUCCAGACCUCAAUCCUAUCGAGAACUUAUGACAAAUUUUGAAGACAUGUGUAGAGAAAACGUUUUUCUUGAUACAAUUCAAAAAGAGUAG